AUGGUAUCCUCAUUCUGUUGGAGUUGCCUAACGCGGCUCCCAACAGCGUCCCCCCGGCCCAUGCUUCCGCCGACCUUGACAGCGCAGCGAGUCGCGGCGUUCCACACGUCGAGUCCACUUUUGGCAUUGCCUCCGAAGAAGAAGGCACCUGGUCAACAAUCGGGUCCCAAGCAUCGGACAGCGACGACGUUCAAAAUGAAGAAGAGAAAGGUCACUGAUAGAGUGCGCCCUCCUGCCAUCGGAGAGCGGAGAGCGCUCCGGAAACGCAUUGUCCUCAGCAACCCUAAUGCCCUCGAAGUUGCAGACAUGCAGGAUAUCUCUGCAGACAACAUGGUGGACUCUCGGCUUCGUGGAUCCAUCCUUGGCUUGCCCGUGCCCAUGCUGGAUCAAUUGAGAGCUGUUCAGGCCUUCAAGCCCAAACAAGGCUGGUCUAUCUUCCGCCGGCCCGGCACCGUGACGAGACGGGAAUCCCUCGAACUUGGACGGUUGAUUGAUGGGAUCUCUGAUAAACCUGAGGACAAGGGCAAGGUAGUCAAGAGAAUUGUUACUGGAGCCCGAGGCUCCGGAAAGACAGUCCACCUCCUUCAGGCCAUGUCGAUGGCCUUCACCAAGGAAUGGGUUGUUGUGACUGUUCCUGAAUGUCAGGACUUGGUUUUGUCCCACACUAGCUACGCGCCCCUUUCGGAUGAGAACCCCAACGUAUAUGUCCAAAACCAGGCCACCGCCGCUCUCUUGUCCCGCACUGUGACGGCCAACCAGAAAGUCCUCUCUAAGUUGAAGGUCUCUCGUGAACAUCCUGCCCUCAAGUCCCCCUUGAAGCGCGACACGACACUCGAGGCUCUCGCCAACCUCGGUAUUCAAGAUCCCGCCACCGCCUGGCCCGUCUUCCAGGCCUUGUGGACUGAACUCACGGCUACAUCCCCUGCCCCUGGCUUCGAGAAGGAUUUCGCCUCUCGUCCUCCUAUGCUCGUCGCCGUCGACGGCUUGGCCCACUGGAUGAAGGAGACCAAAUACCGCACUGCCAAGUACGAGCUCAUUCACGCUCAUGACCUUGUUUUCGUCCAGCACUUCCUCUCUCUGCUGAAGCCCGGCAAGAACCAGCAGUCCGCUCUGCCCAACGGUGGUGUCCUGCUCUACGCCACCUCCGCCUCCAACAACCCUGGUGUCUACAGUCUUGAUGUUGCCCUCAAGCGGGUGGCCGCUCGCCAAAACCGCGUGGAUCCUUCCAGCCCGGACUAUCCCAUGCCCACCGCCUUCAGUAAUCCUGACCAGCGUGUGCUUGCCGCGUUUGAGUCCCCUAAGUCCUCUAUUCCCACGGAGGGAGCCCUGGAGCUUCAGACCAUUGCCGGUGUCUCUCGCGAAGAGGCCCGGGGCUUCAUGGAGUACUUCGCGCGCAGCGGUCUUCUGAGACAACAGGUUAGUGAAGAAUGGGUCAAUGAGAAGUGGACUCUGGCUGGUGGCGGUGUGAUCGGCGAGCUUGAGAAGCUGGGAAGACGUCUCACAGUGCCUGCCCAAGUCUAA